AUGAAAAGCGAGCGAGAGACCGGAGACAAAAACGACGUCAACAAUAACAGCAACAGUGGCAGCGGCGGCGGCAUCGGCAUCGGCAUCGAUAAUAACGUCAACAUCAACCCUCCCCUUUCCACUGGUUCUCCCUCCCCUUCUCCCUCUCCCUCUUCAAUCAAACCAAAAAACCCCCAUCCGCGGAAACCCUCCCCCGGUCUGGCAGCCCGUCUCAAAGCUUUGGGACUUGCCUAUUCAAAACAGCCUCCCCCUACCCCACAGACACCUGGCUUCGACCGCGUCGGCCGUUUACCCGAAGACCAGCUGCGGCUCCUCGACCAGAACCACCAAGCCAAUUCCACCGAGCUAGUCGUCGAACGACGCGGUCGUCCCUGGAAGGGUGCCGGCGCCCCCCUCCAGCUGCUGCGAUCCAAGUCGAGCCGCGAUUCCUUCUUUCAUCGGAACGAGGAAGAAAAACCAACAACACCAGUUCAGGCCGAACCCCCAUCCAAGCCUGAGCUGUUGCCCGAGAUCAUCGCCGCCCCGCCAUUGGAUAUGGACACCAACAAGUAUCGAUUGCCCGACCACGUGAACGGAAAUGGCACCAAGGCACAGUUAGACACCCGCGCCGGCCACCUCGAGCGACGCGCUUACCCCCCCGAGCCCGAACCCGAGUCCAGGUCGCAGACUCCGCCGCCGCCGCCUCCGAAAGAUACGCCGCCUGGGAGCGUAACCACCUCCGAAUUCGCGCCCGACCUACCCUCCUACUUCAAUCCCCUCGGCCUUCAACGCCCCGGGUCCGUAUACACGAUAUCCCGGGCGUCGUUUGCCAAUCAGCUUGCCCAACUCACUGCACUGCAGCUGCCCGAUGCCGAGCUCCUAUCGAACAAGGUCGCGGCCAUCCCGACCGCCCAAGCGGCGGCGAAGGCGUUGAUUGGGGCUGCCGAGCAAAUACGCAGCUGGAUAUCGAAAGCAUCUGAGGUUAUUGGGGGUCUGGAUAGCGACGAUGACGUCGAGUGGGCGGCCGCCGGCGGUCGGGAAGGGUACGAAGAAGUCGAACAUGCCAUCACGAGAUUCGAGAGCCUGAUCAACGUCUACGUGGGUGCCAUCGAAGCGCUUCAGAGCCGGCCGGAUAUCGGUAGCGUGUCGAGCGAGGACCUGCAGAGAGCAGUGACGCAGAUGGAGGCCAUCAUGAGUGAAUGGUCCAAGAUUCGCACCACCCUCAACAGUGUCAAAGGUCAGGUCGAGACAGCCAUGGAGUGGGAAGAGCUGUGGAACAUGGUUCUCGGCGACAUCCAGAACGAGAUGGAUGAGCUGAGCCGGCUCAUCUUCGAGAUGGAGGAGCGACGCCACAAAUCCAUAAUGGCCGUCUCUAAUGGUGAUGGUGUCGAUAUCGGCGACCUGGAGACCAUUGUCGAAGAGACGCCGCCGACCGUCGCGCGCAACAAUCAAUACGGCGUUCCUUCGUUUCCGCUCACACCGACCUCCCCCGGAACCCCGGGCCUUACCCAAGACGACUCGAGUUUGCUCGCACUGUUUGCGAGGAUGCAGCCCCUGAGGGCAUCGCUCGACUUCUUGCCUAUGCGGCUAUCCGUGUUCGAAGCCAGAGCUUCUGCAUCCUUCCCGACGGCCUGCGAGGAGCUUGAGAUGAGGCGGACGGGCUUGGAGGCUAGUUACAAGAAGCUCGAGAAGGACGCGGAAUCUCUGAGAAAGGAGCUCGGAGAGGAUAAGUGGGUCCUCGUCUUCCGCGGCGCAGGUCGACAGGCCCAGAAGAUGAUCGAGUCCGUAGACCGGAGUAUGGCCAAGCUACGCGAGGCUAUGGACCAGGGCUUGCAGCUCUCGAGCCCCGCGGCCAUGAGCAAGAAGAUCGAGAAUUACGAGGCGAAGAAGGUACAUUACGGGCCGGCGAUCGAGCGCGUGCUGUCCAUCAUCGACAAAGGUGUCAAGGAUAGGCUCACCGUCAACGGAGAGAUCCUCCGGCUGCAUACCGAGCUGCAAUCCAAGUGGGAGGAGGUGCGAGAAUUGAUGAGGAAAACGGCUGCCGCCCUGGAAGACGUUCAGAUUGAGAAGCAGAGCCAACAGCUCCGGGACUCCAUCUCGAGCAUGCUCUCGAACGACAGGUCUACCCUAGCUAGCGGCAAUGAGACCCCGGGAAGCUCGCCGCCGUCGUCGGUCGUCAUGUCCAGCCUAGGCCUGGAUAAGAAUACUCCGGUGCCACAGAACAAGCGGCGUUCCACCAGUGGCACCGGAAGCCAUCUACCUCAGCCCGCAACGACUCGUCGGGGUAGCUCAGGCUUGGCGCCCCCUGCGCGGCGUCUCCUGCCUGCGGCUCGUCUAUCCACAAUUUCAGUUGCUUCUAGCGUAACGCCUCCUCGGAGUGGUAGUGUCACUCCGAGCGCCACUCGCCUACCUAGAUCCACGUCCAAUGGCAUCGAUACCCGCCCCCGUUGGAAUGCUUCCACGAAUACCAACGAUUCGGAUGUUGGUCACAACUUUAAGCCUCUCUCUCUCACAACACCUAGUCCAUAUGCCAAGACGACUCCCGCUGGAGGCUCAAGGCUGCCUCUCCGCAGUCCGCUAGCGAGGACCUCUUCCUCACCCAUUCCCGAAGAUACGCCUCCCAGGAAAAGCGCCUCCCGGCUUUCUUUCCGCGAGCGGAUUCACGCCGCGGCUUCUCCGGGCCAAAUUCAGUCCACGUCUAAGCCUCGGUUGAUGUUCUCGUCGUCUACGUCCAGCUUCGACAACAGGAGAGCUUCGUUGCAGCCUCCCAGACCAGAUGGUAGCCUUCCCGACUUCAGGCAACGGCCAGCAAGUUCGCUGUCAACCACUCACCGACGCAUCAGCCUACUUCCCCAACCGAAGUCGGGGACGGGGGAAGACGAAACUGGCCGCCAUAGUCCUCAGGCCAUGGCGGCGGCUCGUUUAGCCAUGCGCAGGGGUAACAGCGCAGCAGAGCCAAAAACAAGAGAUGGAAAGCCUCGUUGGCAUUUUUAA